GCCCCUCGCAAGCUCCUGCGCUACGUAAUUUCAUCUUUUAUUUCCCCUAAUAUAGACUCCGAGAGAACCCAAAUCAAUGGAGAUAGAUUCCGUGGAAAAGCUCAAGGGUCUUCAAAUAACUGCCCUGGAUGACGAAGAAGAAGAAGAGGAGGAAGAAAAAGCUCAAGAAAUUGAUAUCUACGACGAGGAGGAGGAAGAUGAAGAAGAGGAACAAGAACCCGUGAUUCUAGGCUUCGUCGAAAAGCCAGAGCACAGUUGGUCCCUUCUCCGGCAACAAUUCCCCAGCAAGGCUGGGGCUGUUCCGGCUUGGUUGGACCCAGAUAACUUACCAUCCGGGAGAUCUUGUGUUUGUGAUUUAUGUGGAGAGCCAUUGCAGUUUCUGCUUCAGGUUUAUGCACCAUUAGUUGAGAAGGAGUCAGCUUUCCAUCGAACAGUAUUUGUGUUCAUGUGCUUGUCAAUGAAUUGCCUUCUUCGAGAUCAACAUGAGCAAUGGAAACGUCAACCUGAGAAAUCAUCUCGAAGUGUGAAAGUUUUUCGCUGCCAAUUGCCUAAUGUUAAUCAUUUCUACUCAAGCGAACCCCCAAAAGGCAAUAAGACUGACAAACCAUUGACCAGUGGAGCACCACUAUGUAAUUGGUGUGGCACUUGGAAAGGAGAUAAAUUCUGCAGUAGUUGCAAAAGUGCACGAUACUGCUCACAAAAACACCAGGUCAUGCACUGGCGUGCAGGUCAUAAACCUCAGUGUCAGCAGCUGAGCCUUUCUCCCCAGCCACCUGAGUCUAAUACCUAUAAUGAUGGAACCACAGGAGUAAAUGAAAUGAAAGGCAAAAUUCUCUUACUGAUUAAAUGUCUGUGUUUUCAAACAGCAGUUGCCAGCAAAAGUCUAUGGCCAGAAUAUGAGAUGAAAAAUGAGCAUGAAAGUGAAUAUGAAACAGAGAUGUCUGAAGAUGAUGCAUGUGCCAAUAAUUCAUUAGUGUCUAGGAGUGGGAUGGAUGACUCAAUGAAGUCCCUUUUGGAUAGCUUUGAGGGAGAUGGUGACAGAAAGAGUUGGGCUUCUUUCCAAGAGCGCAUAGCCAAAGCCCCUGAGCAAGUCUUAAGGUAUUGUAGGAGCCCUAAAGCUAGACCUUUAUGGCCCAUGUCAAGUGGUCGCCCAUCUCAAACCAAUAUUCCAAAUUGCAGCUAUUGUGGUGGUCCUUUGUGUUUUGAAUUUCAGAUCUUGCCUCAGCUGCUUUAUUACUUUGGUGUAAAGAACGAUGUGGGUUCUCUUGACUGGGCAACUAUUGUGGUGUACACAUGUGAAGCCUCUUGUGAUGGUGUUGGUUACAAGGAGGAAUUUUCCUGGGUACAGCUGAGUUCACCAUCUCCUAAUCUCCCUUGAUCCCCUUGUUUCCGGCGCUUUUGUCCCUCUUAUUUAUUUUUUCUUUCUCGUCUUUGCUUCCUCAAUCUUUUGGUUGGUGUGGGCUAUCUUCUUAAAACACAUGCUGAUCUUCCUUGAACACAAUGAAACAAAUGUAUACUA